UUACGGCUCCGGGCCGGAGAGUACGUGUCUGAGGGGGAGGAGGAGGUGGCGGCGGGGCCGGUGCGGAGCAGCCGAGCGCCGCGGGGAGGGCUGUCAGCUCCAGCGCCUGCGGGGUUUUAAUCCGAUUCCGGCCGGCCCGGAUUUUAUUGGGAGCGGGUUUUAAAGCGCCUGUCGUCCCUCUCGCCUCUGCGGCCGGGGCAGCAUGUCCGAAGCGGAGCAGCAGUUGGCGGCCGCCGCCGGCGCCACCCAGAACGGCCACGAAGCGGCCGAGAGCGCCGGGGAACAGCAGGCCGAGAGCGGCGGGGCCGCGGCGGCGGCGGCGGGGGCAGCGGCGGCGGGAACGGCGGCGGCGGGAACGGCACCUGCGCCGGGAACAGCGGGGGCGGCCGCCAGCCAGAACGGAGCCGAAGGCGACCAGAUCAACGCCAGCAAGAACGAGGAGGAUGCGGGGAAGAUGUUUGUUGGUGGCCUCAGUUGGGAUACAAGCAAAAAAGACUUGAAAGAUUACUUCACCAAAUUUGGUGAGGUAACUGACUGCACGAUAAAGAUGGACCCUAACACAGGAAGAUCCAGAGGCUUUGGAUUUAUUCUCUUCAAAGAACCUGGGAGUGUUGAAAAGGUUCUGGAACAGAAAGAACACAGGCUAGAUGGCCGACUAAUUGACCCCAAGAAGGCCAUGGCAAUGAAAAAGGAUCCAGUGAAGAAAAUAUUUGUUGGUGGACUAAACCCAGAAGCCACAGAAGAGAAAAUCAGGGAAUACUUCGGAGAAUUUGGAGAGAUUGAAGCAAUUGAACUUCCAAUGGAUCCAAAGACCAACAAAAGGAGGGGGUUCGUGUUCAUCACUUUCAAGGAAGAGGAUCCAGUGAAGAAGGUUUUGGAGAAGAAAUUCCAUAACGUCAGUGGAAGCAAGUGUGAGAUUAAAGUAGCACAGCCAAAAGAAGUUUACCAGCAGCAGCAGUUCAGUAGUGGUGGAGGAAGAGGCAGCUAUGGAGGAAGAGGCAGAGGCGGAAGAGGCGGCGCUCAAAGUCAAAAUUGGAAUCAAGGUUAUGGCAAUUACUGGAACCAGGGUUAUGGGAAUCAAGGAUACGGCUAUCAGCAAGGUUAUGGUGGCUAUGGAGGCUAUGAUUAUUCAGGAUAUGGGUAUUAUGGAUAUGGACCAGGCUAUGAUUACAGUCAAGGCAGUGCAAAUUAUGGGAAGACACCAAGACGUGGUGGUCAUCAGAAUAACUACAAGCCAUAUUGAUCAAACUUAUUCAGGCCUGGCAGUGGUCACAGUUGAUGCCUACAAGCACUGGAUAUUCCACAAGUUGAAGACGGAAUACUGACUUGUUUACCUGAAGAUAAUAGGACUUCGGGGUAUUUCCUCAGAGAAAAUAUAAAUUUUAAUAUAAUUUCAUAAGCUUUGGAGGUUAGCUUGUCUUGUAGCUUCAGUGAUAUCAGACUUCAAGUAGGAGCUAGAUAGAAAGCUGUUUAGUUUUUGCCAGCGUAUGUAAAACAAGACUUUUCUAUCUGCAUUGUAGAUUGUUUGUGGACACUUCCAGAUUCUUGUGCUUUUCUGCAGUCAUUCUGGGGACUGAACUCUCAUUGAUACAAUAGAGGUUCCGUGAACAGGACAUGUACAGGCAUUUUGAGAUAGAAACCAACAGUGUUUGUGAUUUGGAGUAGUGAAUUGCUUUUAGUUUGGAGAUGACAGGGGGAGAUGGGAAGAGCAACUGUCCAUUAAGGGAACAAUUACAGAUCUUCUUCCCAGUGACAUCAAUGAGAGAUUUGCCUUCAACCUUCCACAGAAGAUUUUUAGCUUUAAUUUGAGACAGUAAAAGGGGUCUUUCAAAAGCACUAAAAGCCAGUGGGAGCUUGUUCAACUGCUCCUUAUGCCUUUAAAGACCCCUGCACCAAAAGUGAUAGCUAACAACAUGAAAUAGAAGUAAAUAAAAAUGCAUUUUCAUUGCUGUUUUUGAGUUACAUAAUUCUUGUUUUUUGAUUUGUUAGUUGAUCUGAAUUUACAUGGAUUUAAUCUAUGUGGUGACCAAUAAAAUGGUCAGUAACUAGUAAAGAUGCAAAGUAAAACCACAAAGCAAGCAAUGUGUAGGUGUAGACCCUAAGCAGCUAACAGGUAACAGAAGUUCACUGCCUGCAGCCCUAAAUCUUUGUGUCCACAUCUACCAAGCUAGAUGGCCAUUUCAGCUUUUACCAGCAGGUAACAAAUGCUCCCAGCUGACUAAAAGGAUAAGCUCAAAGAUACCUAGGACCCAGCCACAGAUAAGAACUCAAAGACAUCAGGCAAACAUCACCCUACCUGUGUGGAGCACUGAGCAUGUUCCCAGUGUUCUCCAGAGUAUCAGAGCAAGAACUACCUUAGCACUAGGUCAUCUUCUGCAGGGCAGAUCACCCCUGGAUGAUCACAUCCCUCUCUUAAGUCCUGUCUGGCAGCAGCUGUUGUAAGAGAUGCAGUGGAACAAGUAUCUAACAGGGUUCAGAUCUACUCUGCACCAAAAAUUACUCCCAUUUGUAUUCUCUAAGAUAAGGCCAAUCUCACCUGGUCUGAUAUCAUGGUCAGGCUCUUAAUUUCACCUAAGACUCCUACACAGAGCAUAGCAACUGGUAUUGGGCUGAAGCAUUUCCUUCAGAAAUGGUCUAGAUCAAAACCAUUAGAGGUUAGAUCUAGAUGGUUAGAUCAAGAAUGCAUUCAAGUGAUGGGUAUUGCAUCGCUGGCCUGGGUAGGAUUAACCAGUCUCACAAUUAAAAAAAUCCAUCACUUUAUUUCAUUUUGUGCAGCUUCAGCUUCCAUCUGCUGGACGGGUAUGUGUACAUCUUCCUCUGUUCAGUUUAAGAUUUGUUAAUACAAAGUAUCUCCUCCCUUUAAAGGAA